AUGCUUUGGAUCAUGAGAUUUUCCGGUUUAUUCUCCGCCGCUUUGGUUAUCAUCGUCCUUUCUCCUUCCUUCCAAUCGUUUCCUCCGGCGGAAGCUAUCAGAUCCUCUCAUCUCGACGCUUACCUCCGAUUUCCGAUCUCCGACACACCGCCUCACCGAUUCACCUUCAGAAAAGCUCCAGUCUUUCGCAAUGCCGCCGAUUGCGCCGCCGCCGAUAUAGAUUCCGGUGUCUGCAACCCUUCGCUUGUACACGUGGCGAUUACUCUGGAUUUCGAGUAUCUACGUGGCUCAAUCGCAGCCGUACAUUCGAUUCUCCAGCACUCUUCUUGUCCUGAGAGCGUCUUCUUCCAUUUCCUCGUCUCCGAAACGGGUUUAGACUCGAUUGUUCGGUCGAGUUUUCCCGAUUUGAGAUUCAAGGUUUAUUAUUUCGAUCCAGAGAUUGUACGAACUCUGAUCUCCACCUCUGUAAGACAAGCUCUCGAGCAGCCAUUGAAUUACGCGAGAAACUACUUGGCGAAUCUGUUAGAGCCUUGUGUUCGUCGCGUGAUCUAUCUAGAUUCCGAUCUGAUCGUCGUCGACGAUAUCGCGAAGCUAUGGAGGACGAAGCUGGGAUCGAAAACGAUCGGAGCUCCGGAGUAUUGUCACGCGAAUUUCACGAAGUAUUUCACUUCGGCGUUUUGGUCGGAGGAGAGAUUCUCCGGCGCGUUUUCCGGGAGGAAACCGUGUUAUUUCAAUACCGGCGUUAUGGUGAUGGAUCUAGAGAGAUGGAGGCGCGUGGGUUACACGGAGGUGAUUGAGAAAUGGAUGGAGAUUCAGAAGAGUGAUAGGAUUUACGAGCUUGGGUCAUUGCCUCCGUUUUUGCUUGUUUUCGCCGGAGAAGUAGCUCCGAUUGAGCACCGGUGGAAUCAGCAUGGUCUUGGUGGUGAUAAUGUGAGAGGUAGCUGCAGAGAUUUACAUCCCGGUCCGGUUAGUUUACUUCAUUGGUCCGGUAGUGGUAAACCGUGGUUCCGGUUAGAUUCGAGAAGACCUUGUCCACUUGAUACACUUUGGGAACCUUAUGAUUUGUACGGACACUCACGUUGA